AUGGUCCUCUGGCUGGCACCCGCGAUGCUGCUGCUGCUUCUGGGGUCGCCGAGUUCGGCCGGACGGAACCGAUGCUUGGAUGCGGCCGAGGCGUGCACGGCUGAUGCGCGGUGCCAGCGGCUGCGCACCGAGUACGUGGCGCAGUGCCUGGGUCGGGCCGCGGUUGGGGGCUGCCCCCAGGCCCGCUGCCGCCGCGCCCUGCGCCGCUUCUUCGCCCGCGGGCCACCAGCUCUCACCCACGCGCUGCUCUUCUGCUCUUGCGUCAACGCCGCGUGCGCCGAGCGCAGGCGCCAGACCUUCGUGCCCGCCUGCGCCUUCUCGGGGCCCGGCCCGGCGCCGCCCUCCUGCCUCGCACCCUUAGACGCCUGCGAGCACAGCCGGGUCUGCAGGCCCCGCCUCCUGGCCUUCCAGGCCUCCUGUGCUCCCGCCCCCAGCGCCCCCGACGGCUGCCUGCAGGACCAAGCCCCCCGCUGCCUGCGCGCCUUCGCGGGCCUCGUAGGCACCGCCAUCACCCCCAACUACGUGGACAACGCGAGUGCGCGCGUGGCGCCCUGGUGCGACUGCGGAGCCAGCGGAAACAGGCGUGAGGAGUGCGAAGCCUUCCGGGGGCUCUUCACCAGGAACCGCUGCUUGGAUGGUGCCAUACAGGCCUUUGAUGGUGGGUGGCCAGUAAUCCUGCAGGACCAGCUAGAUGUCCACCAGGACCCCGAGAAUAGCCUCCUGCAAGUGUCCUCCACAGAUGGGCUCCUGGUUCGGAGCUCCCUGCUCCCCGUGCUCCCUGUCCUGGCUCUCCAGCCCCUGCUCUGA